CCAGGUCAUUCGAGGUUCCUUCCAAGUUCAAGAAUAUGAUGUUCUUGUUCUUUUUCUUCGCGGUCGGUGUUCGAUGUUGCAGAUGAAACCCUGUCGGAUUUGGCUCAAGGAAUGAUGAGACCGGUUAUGGACCGGUGAAGGGUUCAGUCUGGGGUCCCUAGGAAAACCUCAGAAUUAUCACCACUUCCAAAAGGGAUGGCUCGCCACAUCGAAGCAAUGAGCGUGGACGUGAUCGCGGUUGAGCCAAGCUCACCAACUCCGUCCUUGAUGUCCCCAUUCCUUUUGGAUCCCUCUAGUCGCACGACUCAAAUGUGCUGCGUAGCGAGACAUGCAGAGCGGGCAGACGCAGCCUAUGCUUUAUACAAGGGUGCACCUUAUGUGCAGUCAGAAGAAUAUCGAGAACAUCCGUGGGAUCCUCCUCUCAGCGAUGAUGGUGAGCGUGGAGCGCUAGACCUUGCUGCGGAGAUUAAACAUGUUAUCCAAAAACAUGAGACGACCAUUCACGUGGUGGUCACCUCUCCUUACCUUCGCUGCACGCAAACGGCCUCCGUGAUCUGUCGCGAGCUUGGGCCCUCGACCAUUUUGAUGUUCGAUGCCUCCUGUGGAGAGAUUUUUGGUAAAGACAUCUUCGGCCCAACGCAGCCGGAACGCCUCCACCGGGAUUUCAGCUCGGUCUUGGAGGACUGUAAGGCUCGUGGGGUGACGAGGAUUGCACCACUGUGUGUUGGGGCAAAGCCACAGUGGCCGGAAACCCUUCAAGACGGCCGUCAGCGCUUCAACGAGACCUUCCUGGCCUACGUGCACCGUGGCACUGAGAAGAUGCGGAACUUCUUGGUGGUGACGCAUGGAGACUGCGUCGCCGCUGCCGGCACCUUGCUUCCGGGCAACCAGGACAUUGCCAAGGUGCACCCGGGUGCCGUGCUCAUGGCUCAACGCUUGAGACCCAUUGGGCCCGGCCCAGGUGAUACCUGGUCAAUGAUGAGCUCUGAAAGGAGCGACGACAAACGCACGGAGAAAGCCGUGUUGAAGUCCCUUUCACGGUCACAAGGCUGGAAAGUGGAAAGCGCCAACAUCGAUUUUUGUUCGACCUCACGCACCAAGGAGAGCGUGAUGAAGCGGAUGGUCGCCAGCUUUAGGAAGUUCACGGCAAGGAGUAAACUGGGUGAGGAUCGAGUGAAGAACCUCAUGAAGGCUUUUUCAGGCGAUCGUCGCCGCGCGGUGAACAGCGUCGCCACGCUGUCGCCGGUGAGCGCCGCCUCGUACGGCUCCUAUGGAAGUGACCCAGCGCUAUGGAUUUUUUCCUGUGAGGAGGGCGAUAACUUGUCCCGGAUGCCAUGCUUCCGGCCCGCGUGGAUCAAGGCCUCUGGCGGAAGACGAUCACCCACGCGGGGCAACUCUCCUACGGGAUCCAAGUCGCCUCGGUCGCCGCACAAGCUCCAGGUGGGCCAUUGGCACAAUCGAGGGGAAGAGCCCAAAAGUCCAGUGCCAGGGCCGAAGACCUUGCGGUCUCUGAUCGCUGGCAACCACGCACCGACGGGGUCGACUAGUACGCAGCUGCCCUUUGGGAAUUUGGAGGACGUGGAUAGCUCGGAGAGCAAAGGCUCGGACAAGACGCCCAAGACCCCCGACCGUGUCCCGGACCGUGACGGUCCGCGGGUCUCCGGUGGGAAGAAGGCCUACUUGCAACUGCCAGUUGCGGGACUGAAACGAGGAGGAGGAAUCAAAGAUAUGUCAUCGUCGCCCUUGUGGCGGCGGCGCCAGGGCCAGAAUAAGUCCGAAAGUCAGGCUUCGACAACGAUGUCCUUGGUGGAAGUCAUGAAUGCCCAAGCUGAUCGUGGGGUUAGCUUGACCGAGAUGUUGAGCCCGCGCGACAGCAGUCCCUUGCCGCUGAAGGGUCCUCGGCUCCUGCACGGUGGCGCCAGCUGGCAGCUGCCCAUGCCUCCACAAGAACCCCGUAUGAUGGAGUUGCCCAACUGCUUGCCAGAUGAGCUGGACGCCAACGCAUGAGGCUCUAAUCCCCUCCGGAUCCAUCGGAUUCGUGGAUUCGUUGAUGACCCGAGCGGAGAAGGGCGCGAGGGUUCCUUUGGGGG